AUGAGUAAGGAAUAUUCUGCAUCGUAUUCUCCUGUCGAUGGAGUAGACUAUCGCGACGACACGAACCUUCUUGAUAGCAAUACAGAAUCAAGACCUCUUCCCAAAUCCCCUCUUUCUCGCUGGUCGUUAUGGAUAAGCCACGGUGUGCUGAUGUCCAUAACGAUGUUGUUCUUCGUGCUAUGGGCACGGGCGCCGUCCAUCGAUGACGUGGUUCCGUACUCUCCAGCAAACGAGGCGAUCGAAUCCAUCGGCAUUAUAAGAUUCAACGGAACUCUGGGUACCCCUUCUAUAUAUCGUGGCCCUCCAUCUGCAGAGCUCGACGCUGUUUGGGAUAGGAUAUCUUUUAAUGCACGUCCAAUCCGUAUGACGCUUGAGCAACUUCUCAGAACAGGGGAGAAGCCCUCUCCCGUCAUGGCUAGGUAUCCGGAGGAAUACGGUGGAGGUUACCUGACAACUAUAGAAUUCAUUCACCAGCUCCAUUGCAUAGACAUGCUUCGCAGAGUCAGCUGGGGUGGUAACCACUCGGAUCAUGGCGCCAACGAAUCCUUCGAAGACCACCGCAUUCAUGUCGACCACUGCAUCGAAAUGCUCAGGCAGAUCCUUAUGUGUCAUGGCGACGUGACGAUGCUCACUUACGACUGGGUGGAAGGAGUCAAAAAUCCUUUCCCUAACUUCGGCAUUCCUCAUCGAUGCAGAAACUUCGACAAGGUCUUGAAUUGGGUUGAUGAGCAUCGUGUUUUUGUCCCUAAAUCCAAGGUGGUCCGCUAUGAGGAUAACGUGGACCUGGCUUCCCCUCCUUGA